GUGUUGUAAGUAUUGGCGAUAAGUAGAGGUAUUGUGUUCCAUAAGUGAGUCAGUUCUUCUCGCCAACACUGUAUUGUUUCGUAAUAGCAAGUGACCAGCCAAAGGACGAUGAAGUGGUGUGUAUUGCUGACGGUGGUCCUGUUGGGGUAUGCCAGGGGGUCCUACGUGAUCGUGAAGGAUAUCGGGGUUCCUGUAUUGAGGACCCCAGAUAGCCGAUUCUCUCAUCUGGCCCAGCUUGGGUAUCCCUGGGCCCCUAAGUACCUCUAUUUGAAAAUGAGCGGCCUGACUUCUUCCCUUAGGGUGCACUAUAUCGACGAAGGUCCACACGACGCCAAGGAGACGCUUCUGCUCCUCCACGGCGUCCCGUCCUGGUCCUUCCUUUACCGCACAAUGAUCCCCGUCUUCCUGGCCGCCGGGUACCGAGUUGUCGCCGUCGACCAAAUAGGGUUUGGACGCUCAGACAAACUGACGGACCCAAACGAUUACUCUCAUACACUGCAGACGUCGACGGUUGAGCUGGUGGUGAGCUCCCUCAACUUACAGGGCGUGACGGUGGUGAUGCAAGACCUGGGUGGCCCUACAGGCAUGAGUGCAGUGAUUCGAGACCCUGGCAGGUAUCGUCGUCUGGUUUUCAUCAACACGCUGAUCCCCCAAGGUGAUAUUCUCGACUCCAUUUUCUCCGUCAAAAGUUACUCCCCUAUGCUCCUUUGGCGGGCGCUUAACACAGUGGUGGGACGUAACGUGCCAGUCGGGGGCGUCUUCAAGAUAGCGUCUGACGCUCCCGAAGACGCCAUUAUAGGAGGCUACGUGGCCCCUUUCCCUUCAAAUCUGUAUAAAGUCGGGGCCUCGUGGUGGCCUAACGUGAUACCCUUGGUGGAAGAUGACCCGGUGGCUAUUGAGAUGCAGAAAGUUGCGGCGUUCUUGAAGCAAUGGAAGAACCCGGUCUUGUUGGGCUACAGCGACCGGGAGGUGUUUACAAUACCGGGAAGAACAGCUCUAAAGCGUAUCCUUCCCGGGGCGUGUGAGGUCACUAUUCCAGACGCUGGCCACUAUCUGCAGGAGGACCAAGGACCUGCCGUAGCCAAGAUGAUUGUAUCCUUCAUAAAGCAAGAUUGUGGACCGGACCUACAUCACCUACAACCUUCCAACUUUGGUCUCGCUGGGUUAUUGGCGUUCGGUUAAGUGUUGUAAGUGACAUCCACAACCCAGGAGUUGUGGAUAAUGUUAUUUAUUUAUUAUUGUAUUUAUGUUCAUUUAAUUGAAAAGGAGAAAUACGUGAAACUCAAGGAAUUACAUAACACUGAAAGAUUUAAUUCAUCAUAAUUAUGAGGGUUAAGUCAUCAUAGUCAGAGGGUUAAGUCAUCAUAGUCAAGGGGCUAAGUCAUCAUAAUCAGGGGUUAAGUCAUCAUUGUCAGAGAAUUAAGUCAUCAUGAUCAGAGGGUUAAGUCAUCAUAAUCAGUGUGGUCUUAUCAAACAUCACAGGGUUUCUACAAGUACUCCCGGUUCUCUCUCUAACACAGACCAGACACUCGAACGGCUAAUAGUGAAAGGGUAAAUUGCCAUACAAGUUUACACCAAUUUAGAAUAUUUAUAUAGACAAUGUUGCCAUACAAACAAUUUAACAAUAGCAAACAAUAAGUCAAUUCAACCAUAGGAAGCCGUCAUAAGAGUUAAUUUCGCCCGAUACAGUUACUGUGAUGUCCAACAAGUGGGUAAAGACUUUUUUUACGGGAAUAGCCCACCCGCGUACAGAACAUCGAGCCACAAAGGGGCUAAUGAAAUUAAAAAUAGGAGAGAAAACUAGCUUUUUGAAAUGAGACAGAUUGUAUGAGUAUGGAAACACAGAAGAAGGCAGAGCAUUCCACAGUUUGGCAGUGUGAGGAAAGAA